AUGUCCAUGCGGAACGGAUGGGUCUCGGAUGCCCCAUUCACGCUCAACGGAACGAACAUAUCCGAAUGCACCAGCUACGUUUAUCUGGGUCGGGAACUGAACAUGAUGAACGACCUGACCCCCGAGUUGGGCAGGAGGAGACGAGCGGCUUGGGGAGCAUACAAGAGCGUUGAGGAUGUAGUGAAGAAGACCAGGAACAUCCGGCUCCGUGCUCACCUCUUCAACGUAAUGCUUGCUUAUGCUUCGGAAACCUGA